GUACAGCGUUGCAACCGUAAGGUCCAGGGCUGUGCAGUGUUUCCUUCCGGGAAUCUAUUUCCGUUGCCAUCCAGUCUCUCCGGGAAUCUGUUUCUUUGACCAGUGACCGCCAGGAGCAAUCCUCCAACCAUGGCCAACUUAAGCUCCGAUCCGUCCUACAUAUAUCUGUGGGGAGAUGAAGAUAAGAUGCUCAAGAUUCGCAAUGAGCCCUUCGAUCCGAAGAAGGCGUGCUUCGUUCCGGAUCCGGAAGAGGUGUUCGUCAGGGCGGAGAUCCAGUCCAUCAAAGACGACAUGGUCACGGUCAAGACGGCCAACGGGAAGACCGUGACCGUGAAAAACGAGCAGACGCAGCAGAUGAACCCGCCCAAGUUCAAUCUCAUGGAGGACAUGGCCAACAUGACGUACCUGAACGAGUCGUCCGUGUUGAACAACCUGAGAGAGCGCUAUUACAACACCAUGAUCUACACGUACUCUGGCCUGUUCUGCGUGGUGAUCAACCCGUACCAGCGGCUGCCCAUCUACACGGACUGGGUGGUGAGCCAAUACAAGGGCAAGAGGAAGACUGAGAUGCCUCCUCAUCUGUUCGCCGUGGCUGACUGUGCCUACAGCAACAUGCUGCAAGAGCACGAGAACCAGUCCAUGUUGAUCACCGGCGAGUCUGGUGCCGGUAAGACUGAGAACACGAAGAAGGUUAUCUCCUACUUCGCCCUGGUCGCUGCCCUGGGCGGUCCCAAGAAGGACGAGGAAGGAGGGAAAAAGAAGGCGACCCUUGAGGAUCAGGUCGUGCAGACCAACCCUGUCCUCGAGGCCUUCGGUAACGCCAAGACCACCAGGAACAACAACUCCUCCCGUUUCGGUAAAUUUAUCCGUAUCCACUUCGGAUCCAACGGAAAGCUGGCCGGUGCCGACAUUGAGGGCUAUCUACUGGAGAAGUCCCGUGUGAUCUCGCAGCUUCCCGCGGAGCGUGGGUACCACGUUUUCUAUCAGCUGCUGUCCCAGGCCUUCCCGCAGAACCUGGAGCAACUUCUUCUUGCUGGUCAUGGAGCAAAGGAGUUCAAGUUCUUGGCUAUCGGUGAAACCACUAUUCCGACCAUGGACGACAUGGAGGAGAUGAAGCUGACCGACGAGGCGUAUGACGUGCUGGGCUUCACGCAAGAAGAGAAGUUCAACGUGUACCGUCUGACGGCCGGCAUCAUGCACUUCGGCAACAUGAAGUUCAAGCAGAGGCCGCGCGAGGAGCAGGCCGAGUGCGACGGCACGGAGGCUUCGGAGAAGACCGCCCAUCUUUUCGGCGUGCCGAGCUCUGAGCUGCAGAAAGGCCUGUUGAAGCCUAGAGUGAAGGUCGGCAACGAGUACGUCACCAAGGGACAGAACUCCGACCAGUGCACCUACGCUGUGGGUGCUUUGGCCAAGGCCAUCUACAACAGGUUGUUCUUCUGGCAGAUCAAGCGCCUGAACAAGACCCUGAUGUCCCCCCUGCAGAGAUCCUACUUCAUCGGUGUGCUGGACAUCGCUGGCUUCGAGAUCUUCGAUUUCAACACGUUUGAGCAGCUCUGCAUCAACUUCACCAACGAGAAGCUGCAGCAGUUCUUCAACCAUCACAUGUUCGUGCUGGAGCAGGAGGAGUACAAGAAGGAAGGCAUUGAAUGGGAGUUCAUUGAUUUCGGUAUGGACUUGGAGGCUUGUAUCGCUCUCAUUGAAAAGCCCUUGGGCAUCCUGUCAAUCCUGGAGGAGGAGUGCAUGUUCCCCAAGGCUACGGACAAGUCCUUCAUGUCCAAGUUGUACGACAACCACCUGGGCAAGUCCCCGAACUUCCAGAAGCCGAAGCCGUCCAAGUCCAAGUACGAGGCUCACUUCGCCCUGGCUCACUACGCCGGAACGGUGCCGUACAAUGUGAACAACUGGCUGGAGAAGAACAAAGAUCCAAUCAACGAGACGGUGGUGCAGUGCUUCCAGAAGUCGAACAUGCCGCUCAUGGUGCUGCUCUUCGAGGACUUCACCACCGCGGAAUCUGCCGGCAAAGGCGGUGGUGGAAAGAAGAGUAAGAAGAGUUCGGCUUUCCAGACUGUGUCCUCCGUGCACCGGGAAUCGCUGAACAAACUGAUGACUACUCUGAAGAACACUUUCCCCCACUUCGUGCGCUGCAUCAUCCCCAACGAGAAGAAGGCGGCAGGCGUGAUCGACUCGGUGUUGGUGAUGCACCAGCUGACGUGUAACGGUGUACUUGAGGGCAUCAGAAUCUGUAGGAAGGGUUUCCCUAACAGAACUCCGUAUGCUGAGUUCAAGCAACGAUACCAGAUCUUGGCUCCGGCCGUGUCGACCUCUGCCUUCAUGGAGGCUAAGGAAGCGGCCAGGAUUAUCCUGGAGUCCAUCAACCUGGAGAAGGCGCGUUACGCCAUCGGCCACACCAAGGUGUUCUUCAAGGCCGGUACUUUGGGUUUCCUGGAAGACGUUCGAGACGAACGCUUGAGUCAAAUCAUCAAGAACAUCCAGGCACGUGCUCGGGGCAGGCACAUGAGGAGCAAGUUCGUCAUCAUGGUCGAACAGAGGGAAGCUAUGCUCUGCCUGCAGCGUAACAUCCGCAAAUGGCUCGGUCUGCGCAACUGGAUGUGGUGGAAGCUGUACACUAAGAUCAAGCCCAUGCUGCAGGGCGCACGCGCAGAGGAGGAGAUGAAGAAGAAGUUGGAGGAGCUUGAGGUGAUCGUGGAGAAGGCGGAGAAGGAGGAGAAACUGCGCAAAGAGCUGGAGCAGAAGCUGAACGCCCUCACCAAUGAGAAGAAUGAUCUCGUCAUCCAGUUGCAAGCCGAGCAAGACGUGGUGUCCGACUCGGAGGAGCGUAACGCCAUGCUGAUCAAGAGUAAGGCGGACCUGGACGCACAGCUGGAGGAGAUCAAGGAGAAUCUGGAGGAGGCAGAGGAGAACAACCAACAGCUGAACCACACUCGCCGCAAGCUCGAGAACGAGGUGAGCGAGCUGAAGAAGGAUGUCGAAGAUCUCGAGAGGAACCUCGCCCGCUCGGAGAAGGACAAGCGCGCUGUGGAAGACAAGGUUCGCGUGAUGGGCGAAGAGUUAGCUGACAUGGACAACACCAUCAAGCGUCUGACCCGCGAGAAGAAGAAACUCGAGGAAAUCCAAGCGCAAACCCUGGAUGACCUUCAGUCGGAGGAAGACAAGACCAACCACUUGAACAAGCUCAAGGUCAAGCUAGAGCAGCAGAUCGAAGAGCUGCAAGACAUGCUGGAUGCUGAGAAGAAAGUCCGCUCUGACGCCGAGCGGGCGAAGAAGAAGCUGGAGGCGGACCUGAAGCAGGCUCUGGACAGCCUUGGGGAGCUGGAGAGGCUCAAGGUGGAGCACGAGGAGAAGCUCAAGAAACGCGACUUCGAGCUUAGCGCCGUUCAGAACAGGCUGGAGGACGAGUUGAGUAUGGUGGCACAGCUGCAGAAGAAGAUCAAAGAGCUCACGGGCCGCACAGAAGAGCUGGAAGAGGAACUGGAAAAUGAGAGAAACGCCAGGGCCAAGGUGGAGAAGUCUCGCAAUGACAUCUCGCGAGAGUUGGACGACCUCGGUGACCGUUUGGAAGAGAGUACUGGACAGACAAUUGCCCAGGUUGAGCUGAGCAAGAAGCGUGAAGUUGAGCUGGUGAAGAUCCGCCAAGACUUCGAGGAGGCUAAGAUCGCGCACGAGGGCCAGCUGGCGGCCAUGCGGAAGAAGGCCGGCGACAGCUACACGGAGAUGAGUCAACAGAUCGAGAACCUGCAACGCGCCAAGGCCAAACUCGAGAAGGACAAGAACACCCUGCGUCUGGAGGUCGACGACAUGUCGGGCAACUUGGAGCAGAUCACCAAGCAGAAGGUGAACUUUGAGAAGUUGAACCGUAACCUGGAGGAAAACCUGAACGAGGCCAAUAUCAAAGUUGACGAGCAGAGCAGACAGCUACAGGAGUUCUCGGCCAUGAAGAGCCGCAUGCUGGCCGAACACAAUGAUGUCGUGCGCAACCUGGAGGAGGCCGAGAGCCAGUCCAACCAGCUCAGCAGAACCAAGAGCAUGCUGAUGCAACAGAUUGAGGAGCUGAAGCGCCAGCUUGAGGAGGAGACCAAGGCCAAGAACCACCUGUCUCACCAGCUGCGCGCCUCCCAGCACGACUGUGACACCUACCGCGAGCAGCUGGAGGAGGAGCAGGAGGCCAAGUCUGAGAUGCAGCGAGCUCUGUCUAAGGCGCACACAGAAGUCGCCGCCUGGAGGACCAAGUACGAGACUGACGCCAUCCAGAGGACAGAAGAACUGGAGGAGGCCAAGAAGAGACUGGCACAGCGUCUUCAGGAAGCUGAAGAAAAGGUGGAGAUCUCCAACUCCAGAUGCAGCAGCUUGGAAAAGACCAAGAACAGACUGGCUGCUGAGAACGAGGACUUGAUGAUUGACGUUGAGAAGGCAAACAGCAUCGCGGCCCAGCUGGAGAAGAAGCAGCGCAUGUUCGACAAGAUCGUGUCCGACUGGAGGGUCAAGUGCGAGGAGAUGGGGGUCGAGAUGGAAGAACUCACCAAGGAGAACAGGACCCUCAACAACGAGCUCAUGAAACUCAAGACGGCCUACGAGGAGUCCUUCGGAGCACUGGAGGAGCUGAAGAAGGAGAAUAAGGCGCUUUCAGACGAGGUCCAUGACAUAAGUGACCACCUCUCCGAGGCGACCAAGCAGGUGCACGAGAUGGAGAAGACCAAGAAGCGAAUUGAAGUGGAGAAGGAGGAGAUGCACACUGCUCUAGAGGAGGCCGAAGGCGCGCUGGAGGUGGAGGAGGGCAAGGUCCUCCGCCUGAACCUGGAGCUCUCUCAGGUCAAGUCCGACAUCGACCGGAGACUAGCAGAGAAGGAGGAGGAGUUCGAGACCACACGCAAAAACCACGCAAGAUCUAUCGAGAGCCUGACGACCUCCCUGGAGGUGGAGAGCAAGGGUCGCGCUGAAGCCAUCCGCCAGAAGAAGAAGAUCGAGUCGGACCUGAACGAGGUGGAGGUCCAGUUGGACACGGCGAACAAGGCCAACUCUGAGGCUAGAAAACUACUGGCCAAGUACACCAACCAGCUGCAGGAGAUGCAGGUCCAGCUUGAUGACGAGCAGAGGGCAAAGGAGGAGCUCCGUGAGCGCUGCAGCACGGCUGAGCGCCGCGUUAACAUGUACACCUCCGAGCUGAACGAGCUGCGCGCGCAGAUGGAGAUCGCCGAGAGGAACCGCAAGAUCUGCGAGGCGGAAGUCAUGGAGGCCACCGAGAGGCUGAAUGAACUGAGUACCCAGAACGCUGCCCUGUCGGCCCACAAGCGGAAGCUGGAGGGCGAGCUGCAGCAGAUGGGGAAUGAGCUGGAGGAGACCCAGAACGACGCCAGGCAGACCGAGGAGAAGGCCAAGAAGGCCAUCGCUGAUGCCAGCCGCAUGGCGGAUGAGUUGAGGCAGGAGUCCGACAAGGUCACCCAUCUAGAGAAGGUCAAGAAGAACCUGGAGGAGAACAUCCGGGACUUCCAGCGUCGUCUGGACGAAGCUGAGACCAUCGCUCUGAAGGGCGGGAAGCGUCACCUGCAGAAGCUCGAGACUAAGAACCACGACCUGGAGGCAGAGCUCGACGCCGAGCAGAGGCGCCACCAGGAGACCCUGAAGAACCUGAGGAAGAACGAGCGCCGUCUCAAGGAGAUGACCUUCCAGUCGGACGAGGACCGUAAGAACCAGGAACGUCUCCAGGAGCUGGUGGAGAAACUGCAGAUCAAGAUCAAGACGUACAAGAGGCAGUCCGAGGAAUCGGAAGAGAACGCCAACGUGAACCUGGCUAAGUUCCGUAAGGUGCAGCACCAGUUGGAGGAUGCCGAGGAGCGCGCCGACAUCGCCGAGAGCGCCCUUGCCAAGCUGAGGGCCAAGUACCACAGCGGGAACCCCGCAGCGGGAACCAAGAAGUCCAAGCAGGACGAGUAGAGGAGCACAUUUGGAAGUACUUUCUCUCAUCUUCACUCCUCAUGAACGACUCGUAAACGACCCAGGAACGACGGACGUAAAUAAGUAAAAACAAGCAAAACAAAACAUCUACAAUCGAAGAUACAUAACAAUGUACAAGGACAGAUAAAUCACCGUUGUUGAGAUACGGUGUUGUUCUUUUAACAAUUUUGAUUGAUAUGAGAGUUGGGAGUGUGUGGUCGACCGUGUUGCUGUAUAACUGUCGCUUUGAUAGCGAACGGUGUUAGAUAUGUAACUGUUUAUUCAAUUCGAUUUGCUUUGUAUUUCUGUUGACACCGUCAUCUCAAACAAACUUAUAAAUAAAUGCAGAGAUUUACAUAUUCAUUGA